AUGUCCAAACCCCUCGUCACCCACAUCUACACAGCCGACCCUUCUGCACACGUCUUCAACAACAAACUCUACAUCUACCCCAGCCACGACCGUGAAACAGAAAUCCAAUUCAACGACAAUGGCGACCAAUACGACAUGGCCGACUACCACGUCCUCUCCAUGGACAGCAUCACCAGCCCUGCAACCGACCAUGGCGUCGUCCUCCGCGACAAAGACAUUCCCUGGGUCUCAAAGCAACUCUGGGCACCAGAUGCUGCGACAAAAAAUAAUAAAUUCUACCUCUUCUUCCCAGCCCGCGAUCAAAAAGGCAUUUUCCGCAUCGGCGUGGCUAUCUCGUCCUCCCCGGAAGGUCCCUUCGUCCCGCAGGAUAAUUAUAUCCAGGGCUCCUACAGCAUUGAUCCUGCUGUCUUCGUUGAUGAGGAAGCUGGCGGUGAGGCGUAUCUCUAUGUUGGCGGGAUUUGGGGUGGACAGUUGCAGUGUUGGGUUGAGGGGAAGAAGGAUGCUGGAGGUGCAGAUGCGGAAUGGGUUGAUGGGGAUGAAAGUGGUGUUGAUGGACGGAAGAAGAGACUUGUUUUCGAUGAAAGUAUGUCUGGUCCCCAGGAGCCAACUGGAGAGGGUGUUAGGGCGCUUUGUCCGCGUGUUGCGUUGUUGAAGGAUAAUAUGCUGGAGCUUGCAUCGUCGGUUAAGGAGGUUGUUAUUCUUGCUCCUGAGACCGGAGAGCCUUUGUUAGCGGAUGACCAUGAGAGGAGGUUCUUUGAGGCCGCUUGGGUGCAUCGCUACCAGGGGACGUAUUAUUUCUCUUACUCGACUGGUGAUACGCAUUUCUUGGCUUAUGCCACGGGGGCAUCACCUUGGGGUCCGUUUACUUACCGCGGACGCAUUUUGAAUCCUGUGCUUGGGUGGACGACGCAUCAUUCGAUUGUUGAAUUCCAGGGGAAGUGGUACUUGUUUUAUCAUGACUGUGAGCUUUCCAAAGGAGUUAGUCAUUUGAGGUCAGUCAAGGUUAGAGAGAUUGUUUAUGAUGACGAAGGGGCUAUUCAUCUUGCCGAGGAACAGAUUUCUAUGGAAUAG